AUGUCUUUCCUUCAUAAUCAUUCUUGCGAGUGCGUUAAGUCAGAAUUGGAUUUGUUUGCACUACCGUCUACACAAACUAGCAUUGAAAAUGGAUUGUGGAUUCAUUAUAAACCAAUUUCAUCUCUUGGUGAUGAUGGACCUAUCGAGUUUCAAGUUCCUGGGACCGGCGAUGACUACAUAGAUUUGUCUCAUACAUUACUCCACAUAAAGGCAAAAGUAUUAAAUCAAGAUUCAACUAACUUGGUAUCUACUACAAUAGUAGCACCUGUAAAUAAUUGGCUGCAUUCACUUUUUAGUCAACUAGAUGUUUAUUUAAACCAAAAACUUGUAUCACCACCUAAUAAUACCUAUGCAUAUCGAGCAUACAUGGAAACCCUUUUAAACUAUGCCCCUGCUGCUAAACAAUCUCAUCUUACUUGUAGUCUUUGGUGUGAGGAUACAGCAGGAAAAAUGGAUUCUACAGAUGGUAAAAACAUAGGAUUUGUUAAAAGACAGGAAUUGAUUAGUGAAAGUAAGGAAAUAGAAAUGAUUGGUCAUCUUCACGGUGACAUUUUUAACCAAGAUAAAUUUUUAAUUAAUGGUGUUGAAAUGAGUGUUAAAUUGGUUCGAUCAAGAGAGAGUUUUAAUUUAAUUGUUGGGUCAAACGAUGUAAAGUUUAAAGUUUGCAUUACGGACGCAACUCUUAUUGUUCGACGAGCACGAAUUAAUCCAAGUGUAUUACUCGCACAUCAAAAAGUUUUAGCUUCUACCACUGCUAAAUAUCCUAUUACUCGAGCUGAAGUAAAAGUUUUAACAAUUCCUUCGGGUGUUCAAGGAAAAACUCUUGAUAAUAUAUUUUUAGGACAGGUACCGAAAAGAUGUAUAAUUGGAUUUGUGAACAAUUCUGCAUUUAAUGGUUCCCUUACUAAAAAUCCAUUUAACUUUGAAAACUAUGGUAUUAAUUCUUUCAGCUUAUAUAUUGAUGGUCAACAAAUACCUUCAAAAGCUUCGCAACCAUCUUUUAAUAAUAGCAUAUUUACAUCAGCAUAUCAUACUCUAUUCUCGGGAACUGGUAUUCACUUUCUUAAUGAAGGAAAUGGAAUCUCUUGUGAACAGUAUGGCAAAGGUUACUGUCUAUUAGCAUUUGACUUAACUCCUGAUUUAUCAGCUAACUCAUCAACUCAUUGGAAUCUCAUAAAGCAUGGUAGUGUAAGAAUAGAAGUACGAUUUGAAUCCUCAUUAAUACAAACAAUUAACUGUAUAGUUUAUGCUGAGUUUGAUAAUAUUAUUGAGAUAGAUAAAAACAGAAAUAUUACUGUAGACUAUAGUAGUUAA